AUGUCAUCUAAACAACAACAAGGUUUAUCAUCUCAUCGUAUUCGUGACUCGUCUGAACUCAGUGUUGAUCAUCUCAACUGUUCUAUUUGUCAAAAACUACUUUGGAAACCUGUUGCCUGUCAAUCAUGUGAAACACCUUUCUGUUCAGCAUGUAUUUAUCAAUGGUUGAUCAACAAUCCAAAAAAGUGUCCAAAUUGUGAUGAAAACUAUAUUGAACGAGAAUGCCCUCCAUUUGUUACUAAGCUACUUGCUCAAUUGCAGAUUGCUUGUUUUUAUGAAUCUAAUGGUUGCAAACAAAUCAUUCCAUAUGAAAGAUUAGAUAAACACGAGACUGAAUGUGGUUUCCAGUAUCAACAAUGUCCUGGUUGUCAAUCACAAAUAUUGAAAAAAGAUUUUGAUAACCAUACGAGUAGCUGUGCAUCAAUUGAAUUAACUUGUCAAGAUUGCAAACUCAUAUAUAAAAGAGGUGAAGCUGCUAAAAAACAUACAGAAAAAAUUUGUGUGAAAGAACAACUUCGACAACUUCGAGAUGAAUGUAAAGAGAAUAAACGUGAAGUACACGAACUCACUCUUCAAUUGGAUGAAAUUCGCAUAUUGAAGCCAUCGAUCACAACAAUUAGGAUCACAUUUAAUGAUUUACCAAAAUCUGUUGAUCAAUUGAAAAACAUUCCGAAAAAGUAUAGUGGACUGAGAUGGAGUAGGAUUGCAUAUAUGCACAAAUCGUAUGCAAUGCUGAAAUAUCCAAAAAGUGCAUAUGCAACAUCCUUCAUACCUGAUGGUAGUUCAUACAUUGCAUAUUUCCAGGAUAAUGCAUCAAUCAGUGCCGAGAACUCAAACGAACAAUUUACUUUAUUUUCUGUUACUGCAUGUGCUGCUUCAAACGAUGAUCAACAAUUAACCAUUAUAGGAUAUCGAAAUAAUGAAGAGAUCAACACACAUACAACAACACUUCUCUUUGGUAAACUACAAUUUAUUCUACUUCAUUGGAAAGACAUAGACAACAUCAUCUUUAAUUCAUUUGGUGGUACUGCUCAUCCUGAUUGUAGUGCAUCGCCAGGGUGUCAAGUUGUACUAACUCAGCUCACAAUAAGUCAAAUUGAUUGA